AUGCUGCUGAUGGUAGUGCUUGUGGCCACAGCCUCCUGGUCUUAUGGAUUUGCACAGGAAAUUCCCAUCCAGAGUCCUAUAUCCAUCACCAAGUUCCAAAAAAGUGCACGGAUGACAUGUGAAAUUCAAAUAUUAGAGACAAAUUUUGAUGACAUCGUCAUACACUGGUAUAAGCAGAAGGAGGGUGAAGCUCCAGAGAGGCUUCUAUUUUUUAUAAGAGACAAAGUUACCACUGGAAGUGGCUUUCAAGAAAACAGAUACAUGGUUGAAAGAAGUUCUGUCCAGAAGAGGUGUGUUCUUACAAUAAGAGAUGUAAUUCCAGAUGAUGCUGCUACUUACUACUGUGCCUACUGGGAUCCUCACUGUGAUAGAAAUAAAGAAAAGUUGUUCGGCUCAGGUACAAAACUCAUUGUUUCAGAAAAAGGAAGUUCUCCCCCAGCAAACUCUGAAAUCCUGAAGAAAAAACAUGAAAAUCAGAUAGUAUAUGUUUGCCUUAUUGAGAAAUUCUACCCAGAAGUUAUUAGGGUGACAUGGACCGAAGAUGGAAAGGAGGUAACAAACAACGUAGUAAAAGGUGACACUUGGCAGUCCACAGAAGAGGAUGGGUACUCAAUUGCCAGUUGGUUAACUGUGCCAGCAGAGAGUGAAGACAAGAAAUACUACUGCAAAUAUGAGCAUGAAGAGGAAAAUAUUUUACUGGAAACACAAGGUAUAUUCCAUAUGUUAAAAAAGUAAUUUGGUGUUCUAUUAUAAACAUCAUUUUGUUUACAAUAAAAUUAGAGUAAUAAUGCUUUUUAUUAUUGAUGAAGACAAUUGUGCUUCUAGGCACAUUAGCUAAAGUACACAAUUGGAGAAACUACCAAAAUUUUCCCAGGAAAAGUAAACACUCAACCUGUGUUAUGGUGCCCAAGUAAGUAUUCCAUUGUAACAGAAAAAUAAUAGUUAUUUUAAAGUUGUGAACCUCAUCAGGUAUAAAUUAUCACAGGUCCAACAGAUCUGAAAAUGUCUGUUACUUUCCAUAUUA